UCAGAUAUUGCUUCCAGACGGCGCUGUUGAUAAACUUCCUGUAUGAAAAGCAAACCUCUCACUUUUUCUUACUCGCCAAUUAUUCGUCUUUUCGCUGCAGUAGCACAAAAUAAAUUAAACAUUCUUGAAGAUGCGAUGAUUUCCUAUAAGAAUAGUGUAUUAUAGGAAGUUGUAACAUAUUAUGGCAUUUAGAAAUAACAAUAUGGAAAACAGUCUAGGAAUGGGACAAAAAUUCUUAGUGGAAACCUGGAAUACACAAUAUGGUGGUCCAAGCAGGAAAGCCCCAGGAGAACUGUCACCAGGAUCAAAGAGAAACAUGGGACUAGGAAUUGUGGGUCUACAACCCCCACAACCUCCCCCACCCAAUCAACCACCCCCCUCAAUGCAGCCUCCAUCACAAGCUGUUCAGCCUCCAAAACCACGCAAAACUGGUUUGUUUGGGGAGGAUGAGGACAAUGAAACCAGUAUGUAUUUCCCACAGUCAUCAUUCAGAACAGAUAGAGAUAUGAUGUCUUCAGGUUCACCGUCUCAAUUAUCAAGUGGAUUUGGAAAUAGUAACUUUUAUUCUCAAGGUCUCAGCAAUUUUACAAUGCCACAACAAAGAGGUAUAACAGGGCCCCAGUUCAGAGGUACAAGUCAGGGUCAUGUGACACCUACCAGCAUGCAUCUACCUUUAAACUUACAGCAAGCUCCACAACAGCCAUCACCAAACAGAAACAUAAUAUCAGCCAUUGGAGGACAAAGGAGUGUAAUGAACCAAAACAAUAUGUCUAAAAUACAGAACCGACCGAUAGGCUCUGGUAUGCCAAGUUCAAGUACACCAAUAUCAAAUAUGAACAAUAUGAACAACAGUUUUAUAUUUGGACAGAGUAGUCGACAAAUAUUUGGAAAUGAUGAGAAUCAGCCGGGUUUGGAUUUAUCUGAGUUCCCUAGUCUCAGUAAUCGUGGUUCCCUACCAAAUAGCAGUGUGUCAUCCAUUCGUAAUUACGGUAUGGUUAGUAAACCUGUGUCAGAUCAAACACCAGAAUUCCAGAUACAACAGGAAGAUUUCCCAGCACUACCAGGUGCCACAAAUCCACCGUCAAGUUCAUCAGGCGACGCUACUUGCAAAACGCCUACCAGUCUAUCAUCAGGGAUUGGUGAUACAAGUUUACUGAAGGAUGGUAAAUAUCCUGGUGAUAAGGCUCCAAAGAGGGGAAUCCAGACACAUCAAGAUGGUACUGUAUCCAAUAUUCCAAAUGGAAUGGUAAAUGACCAGUUUGGUAUUGUUGGGUUGUUGACAUUUAUCAGAGCUGCAGAGAAUGACCCAAACCUGGUGGCCUUAGCUCCUGGAAUAGAUCUGACAACUUUAGGUCUAAAUCUGAACUCACCUGAAAACCUGUACAGUACAUUUCAGUCACCAUGGGCCGAUUCACCAUGCAGACCUCAAGAUAUAGAUUUCCAUGUUCCUGCUGAAUAUUUAACCAAUAUAUACAUCCGAGACAAGCUAGCACCGAUCAAGUUAAACAGAUAUGGUGAAGAUCUAUUGUUUUACUUGUUUUAUAUGAAUGGUGGAGACGUGUUACAGUUGGCAUCAGCUGCUGAGUUGUACAGUCGAGACUGGCGGUAUCAUAAAGAAGAGCGUGUUUGGAUCACAAGAGCACCUGGUGUAGAUCCCAUUCUUAAAACAAAUACGUAUGAACAAGGAACAUAUUAUGUGUUUGAUACAAAAUACUGGAGGAAAGUACAUAAAGAGAUUUACUUAGAAUAUGAGAAGUUAGAAGAUCGGCCAAACCUGCCACCAACGAUGGUGCAUUGACAGCUGCCACCAACUGUGGUGCAUAACUGUUUUUGUAUAAAUGUGUGUAAAGGUGUAAAGAAUGAAAGUUUAGUGGUGUGAAUGCAUAUUAAUCACAGGAGUUGAAUUUAGUCUGGUUGGCAUGAAUGUUUGAUUUUUCUCCAGUUCAUCAAACAUAAAGUCAUUUUAUUUAUAAUUUCGAUUUGAAAACAAUCAUCAAAAAUUAAAGGGCUGUUUAAGAGUUUUUAAGUACACAUGUACCAGUAAGAUAAUUAUAUUUUUCUUAUGUAGCUUAGUUAAAAAAAAAAAUUCAUGUUUUGGACAUAGUUGAAUAAAUAAAUAUAGAUAAAAGCAUCAUAUUGGUUGGAUUUUUAUUUUGGGAUCUUAGGAUUAUCUACCUUGUGCCAAAUGAAUGCAUAAGAAGUUAAAUAAAAGUUAUAAUGUGCCAUUUCUCUUGUUUAUGGAUGUAUGUGUGUUCUAUGUACUGUGCAAUGUAGUCAAUAAAUUUUCAUGAAACAAA